AUGUCGUCGCCACUUCUACGGCCGGACUGUCCCGAUCAGUCCUUCGGCCCAUGGGCCGGAGAUAACUGUCGCGGCGGAUUCGACUUUACGUUGAAGUUUGAGGAGACCAUUCUUACCAUUCCUCUCCAAUGCAUAUUUUUGCUUGUGCUUCCACUCAGGCUGGGCCAGCUGUAUUACAUGAAUAGAAAGACGGUCCAAAACAUUGAAGGCUUGCUGAAAGUUGUCUCCUCCAUUUGCGUUUUCGCCUGUAGCACGGCCCUACUCGCCCUUUGGGCCAGUGGCAAGGCCAUGCUGAAGACUGAAGCAACAAUUCCAACUGCCGCUCUGGUGCUGGCGGCUUCUCUCGCCUAUUGUGUUCUCACCUGGCUCGAGCAUGACCGCAAUGUCAAGCCGUCUUUCAUCCCCUUUGCGUACCUCCUCUUAUCCGUCAUACUCGACCUCCCACGAUGUCGGACCUUGUGGAUGUCCGAGCCAGGUAGAAUUGUACCUCCUAUUUUCACUGUUAGCCUGGCAUUGCGCUUUUGCAUGCUCGUCCAUGAGUCCUCUGGAAAGCGGCGCAUUCUGCUGCCGGAUUACCGUGCUUACGCAAAGUCAACGACUGCGGGCACCCUCAGCAGAAGCACCUUCUUCUGGCUAAAAUCACUCUUUAUUGGGGGGUAUAAGAGAAACCUUUCACUUGAAGACCUUGACCCACUUGAACCCGGUUUAGAGUCUGAACCUCUUUACCGCUCGUAUCGUGAGGCUUGGGAGAAGGUUCCCGACAAAACUGCCGGCGGCGCCUUGUACAUAACUUGGCUUAAGUGCUUCGUGGGCCAGGUCAUGUCCGCAUUCAUCCCCAAGAUAUGCCAAAUAGGCUUCACGUACACACAACCGUUUCUCAUCGAACUGGGCAUUGGCUUGGCUGCAAGACCCCAAGGUGGCUCAGACAAUAACACAGGCUACGGUUUGAUUGGCGCCUACGCAUUAGUCUAUACUGGAAUUGCUAUUUCAACGGGCCAGUACGAAUGGCGCGCGUACCGAGCCGCAUCGGUAAUGCGAGGAAGUAUCAUUGGUUUGGUCUACCAAAAGUCAUUGCGACUCGACAUGACGAUGCCAGACGUCAGCCCUGAAGGCGCCUUGACCUUAGUCACGACCGACGUCGAGACAAUCACACAAGGCGUGGUCUACCUCCACGAUAUUUGGGGUGCCUUUGUAGAAAUUGCUGUGGGUAUAUACCUGAUCUAUCGGCAACUCGGAUCGGCAUGUGCAAUGCCAGUAGCCAUCGUUUUUGCUGUGCUUGUUGUGACAGCCAUAAUUUCUAUACCAAUUGGCACGUCACAGGCAAACUGGAUCCGCGCUUCACAAGAUCGCGUCACGACUACCUCCAAGGUACUUGGAAGCAUCAAAUCCCUCAAGAUCUCCGGACUGAGUGACCUUGUGUUCUCCCUAAUUCGUGACUUGAGAACCAAAGAACUUGGUGUGUCGGAAAAAUACAGAAAAUUGUUAGGAGCAACUUUGGUGCUGAUGAUUUGCAUCCCAAUCUGGUCUCCAAUCCUUACUUUUUGCGUUUUUGCAGCGCAAUCCAGUUCCGAUUUAAACAUUCAGCGCGCCUUUACGGCUUACUCGCUGUUGACCUUGGUAAAUCGGCCGCUGGGGGACAUCAUUCUUGCGCUCCCCAUCUUGGCUGGAUCAGUAACCUCUUUUCAACGUAUUCAAGAUUACUUAAAUGGCAAGGAAAGACAGGACAACAGAUUAUCUCAGGAAGGGGAACACAAAAUCUCCGCUGAGACAGAAAUGCCCCUUAAGAUUAGCAACUCUGUGAGCGAGGAAUCAGAGUCGCAAGAAAAGAUUUCAGUCCAGGAUAUGACGCCUCAACUCGAUGAAAAAGUCGUUACAUCCAAACAUGGAAAGUUUCCCUGGGAGAGCGGCCCAGAGCCUGCUACGGUUGAUGAAGCCAUCAAAGAGAAACCGGAACCACAAGAAAGAGCCCCAACUCGGACAGCAGCGCCUCGAAUCAGUGACAAAAUCGUCGCAUCUUUGCAGGGAAAAUUUGCCUGGGACGCCGAAUCUGAGCCUGUCAUUGACAUCAGCGACUUGAAAAUCCGAGCCAAGACCUUCACACUUGUUCUCGGACCUGUCGGGUGUGGCAAAUCGACCCUACUCAAGGCCCUCUUGGGUGAGCUGUCCAGUUUCGAAGGGACUAUUCGUAUCAAUUAUCCCAGGGUUGGCUACUGUGACCAGAACGCUUGGAUGCCUAAUGAUACAGUUGCAAAUAUCAUUCUAGGCCAGGCGGAUUUUGACGAGUCGUGGUACCGCAAGGUAAUUGCAGCGUGUAACCUUGAACAGGAUUUGAACGACUGGCCUAAGGGGGAAGGAACCGUUGUUGGAACAAUGGGAAUAUCCAUGAGUGGUGGUCAACGACAUCGUCUGUCCCUCGCGAGAGCUGUGUACUCUAAAACAGAAUUCCUCAUGUUAGACGACCCCUUUAGCGGUCUAGAUUCAGAGACAGAAGACGUAAUAUUCCAUAACUUGCUCGGAGAGCAAGGGCUGCUCCGGCAAGCUGACAUGACAGUCGUGGUCGCGUCCUCUGACGUCCGACGCAUACCGUAUGCGGACCAAGUAGUGCUCCUCAAUGAAAGGGGCCAGAUUAGCGAAGUUGGCACUCCGGCAGAGCUGUCCUCUAAGCUCGAGGCCCGACCUGGGGGCAUGAAAGCAGUCACUCAUGCCAGUGCAGGAAGCGACGCCCAAAUUGCGCAGCGAGCUGGAGGAAGAGUGCAAGCCGGUGAGACGGCCGUUGUCGAUAUAGAGUACCAGGCAAAGGCGGCCCGUCGCUUGGGCGAUUCCGCUGUCUACGGAUUCUACGCCAGAUCUGCUGGGUGGUGGCCACUUGUGUGCUUCGUCCUCUCGAUGGUCGUUUUUGCUUUCUGCAGCUCUUUUCCGAAUAUUUGGCUCAAAUGGUGGGCAGAAGCCAGGAAUCCUGGAGCGAAUCUCGGUAAAUGGCUUGGUGUCUAUGUGGCUCUCGGAGUAGGCUCAGUUCUUGCUGUUGCUGUGGGCGCAUGGCAACUUUUCAUUAACAUCAUCAACAACUCGGGAACUCACUUCCAUAGUCUUCUCGCGGAUACGACAUCCAAGGCCCCGUUAUCGUUCCACGUCGCCACGGACAGCGGUAUCACUGUCAAUAGGUUCAGCCAAGACUUACAGCUUAUUGACAUGGAGUUGCCCAGUACGGCACUGGGUUUAGCCGUUGGCGUCGCUUUCGGCUGUGCCGAGUUCGUGAUGAUUUCCGUUGCCUCUCGCUACAUUGCCAUCCUACUUCCAUUUCUUAUACUCAUCUUUUACGCCAUUCAGCACUUUUAUCUCCGUACAUCUAGGCAGAUUCGUCUUCUAGACAUCGAGUACAAAGCACCUCUGUAUUCGCAACUGAUAAAAACGCUGGAUGGCCUCGUCACAAUCAGAGCAUUUCAGCGUCAGGACGAGUUUGAGCAGAAGAACUUGGAUCUGCUCAACAUCUCGCAGAGACCAAACUAUCUUCUGUUUUGCAUUCAGCGCUGGCUCACCCUUUCUGUGGACAUGAUGAUCGCGGUGAUCGCCAUAGUCUUGAUCGUAGUAACAACUACUUUGAGAGAACAGAUUGGACCUGGCUACAUGGGAAUUGCCCUGAGCAACAUCCUUUCAUUUAGUGGUACUAUCAAAGCCGCCUUGACAUCGUGGGUCACGUUGGAAAUUGCCAUCAGCGCCGUCGCUCGCAUUCGCGACUUUUCCAUUACAACAGAGCAGGAAGCUGAUCCUAACGACGUCCUGACCGAGCCACCAGAGGACUGGCCGAACAAGGGAGGGAUAGAGCUGCGUGGUCUCACGGCUUCCUAUCCAUCCUCAGGAACCAUUCUACACGACGUCAAUCUUUCUAUUAAGCCUGGUGAGAAGGUAGCCAUUUGUGGUCGAAGUGGAAGUGGCAAGAGCUCCCUGGUUCUCUGCAUCCUUCGUUUGAUGCAGCUGGAUUCUGGAAGCAUCACCAUCGAUGGCGUUGAUCUAUCUACUGUUCCCCAUGAGCACGUGCGAUCCAGGUUGACGGCCGUGCCCCAAGACGUCUUCAUAUUCGACGGAACAGUACGGCUGAAUGUCGAUCCGGAGAAGACGUCAUCGGACGAGGAAAUUAAGCAGGCACUGGGAAAGGUGCGUUUGUGGAACAAAGUCGAGCAAAGAGGCGGCCUCGACGCGAUCAUUCACGACAAGUUCUUCUCCCGGGGCGAGUCUCAACUGCUCGUGUUUGCAAGAGCAAUGCUGCAAAAGAGCAAGGUACUUAUACUCGACGAGUUUACAAGCAGCUUGGAUGAAGAUACUUCAUCAAUCAUAUAUAAGCUCGUGCAAGAAUCUUUUGAAGGAUGGACGGUGAUCGCCAUCGCACAUAAAUUAGAGCCCAUCAUGGAGUUUGACCGAGUAGCAGUCCUUAGCUCGGGUAGAGUGGUUGAGUAUGACGAGCCAAAGAAGCUCGUGGACCAGGAAGACUCGGCUUUCAAGAGGUUAUUCGAGUUGUCGGCGGGAGGCGGGGAGUAA